UCCGUUCUACAUUGUUCUCCUAUAGUUCUCCUGUUACUGUGACUCCCUUCUAACAUUUUCGUACAAAGCUCGUUUGUAAUCCUUGGCUACCAUCAAAGGUACCAUCAGAGAAAGGCUCUCUAGGCUGCUAUUAUCAUCGCUACCUGAAAUCGUGUUUGUUUUGCAACCAAGUUCACCUCAAGGGAUACCCUCCGUAAUGGCUCCCGCGAGAAAGAAAAUAUCUCGGGACAACAAGGAGAACGUCGCCGUCCCGAGUCGACAACAGCGAACACGGACGGCACCUGUCGGGCUGUCAGAGGAGAAGGCAAAUCUGCCUAUUAUCCAGAAGCUUAGGCGUUCAAGGCGCUCUCGCCGCCCGCUUUCUCGGUUAGACGACAAUGCUAUGGCUCCACUCUCUGAAGCAAGCGUUCCUCCCUGUUACGACGCUCAAAACUAUCUAUACGAAAAUUCGCCAGACUAUCUCUUGCCAGAACUCGACUUGUGUUCAUUGCCCAUCGAUAUUUCUACGGAGAUUCUGCCCGAGGAAAACUACCCAUGCUCUCCUUUGAUCGACCCAUUCUGCGACUUGCACACACUAUUCCGUGACUCAGAAGCCAGAUCUAAGCAACCUCCAGCCUCGCCCUUUUUCCUUAUUCCAUAUUUCGUCGAGGGUCAAGUUCGCCUUGUCCCUCUACAAUCCAGCACUCUCCCUCGUCGCCAGCGACCAACUCUAACCGGACUCAAAACGCGUCUCACCCCAUUCUCAGACCCGUUUCUCUCGGACGCCCUUCUCGAUGAGCCGUUACCUUUUGAUUCGGAAAUAGUAGACCCUUUCGAGGAGGUGGUCAAGAUGUCGCCUGGCGCGUUUUGCAUCAAUAUUGGCUUCGCGGUGCCAGAUGAACGUGGUUAUGACUUGGCGCUCUGAUUCUUCGCAUCUAUUCACGUCCGAUUCGUUUUGUACACUACAUCGUUUCAUUACUAGACUGCAGACUAUCAUUUCAACUGGAACAACAUUCACAGCGCUCCCCACUGCAGCAAAAUCCAACAGGUAAAGAGCUCGCCAGUUACUAUUACACGGCUACCUUUCUAGUAGUUGUAACUUGAACUGUUU